CAUGAAUGCCGCGCGCGCGCGGACCGAAGCCAAAUGUCUUAUCAAAAUUUGAAACGAAUCUGUAGAACCGCCCAAAACAACCAAGAUCUAAAGCAAAACCCUAAGUCCGAAUCCUCAAUUCACCAUUAGCACCAUCCCUUUCUUCCCCCUCACAUUGAGAGAUCAAUGCCAAGAGGCGACGAUGCUCAGUUCAGCGCGGCGAAGCGGGGGUACCGGAAGGCGGCGGAGGAUGGGAAUCACCAGGAGGAGGCAAGGUGGGCCAACGUAAUUGGCGAUAUCUUGAAGAACAGAGGAGAGUACGUUGAGGCCUUGAAAUGGUUGCGAAUUGACUAUGAGGUCUCUGUUAAGCACCUUCCCGAGAAACAUCUCCUCCCCACUUGUCAGUCUCUGGGUGAAGUCUACCUCCGCCUCGAGUUCUUCAAGGAUGCCCUAAUUUAUCAGAAAAAGCAUUUAGAGCUGGCCAAUGAUAGCAAUGACCUCAUUGAACAACAAAGGGCCUGCACUCAACUUGGUCGAACUUACCAUGAGAUGUUUCUCAGAUCUGAUGACGAUCAUUAUGCUGUUCGGAAUGCCAAAAAGUAUUUCAAAUCAGCUAUGAACCUUGCCCAAUUGCUUAAGGAGAAUCCACCCUUGGGUAAAUCUUCUUUUCUUAAGGAGUACAUAGAUUCUCAUAAUAAUAUCGGGAUGCUGGAAAUGGAUCUUGAUAACUUGGAAGAAGCCUGGAAAAUUCUCACCAAAGGAUUACAGAUUUGUGAUGAAGAGGAAGUAAUUGAAGAUGAUGAUGGGCGUAGCAGGCUCCAUCAUAACCUUGGAAAAGUCUAUAUGGAACUCCGGAAGUGGGAUAAAGCUAGAGAGCAUAUUGAAAAAGAUAUUAUGAUUUGUAAUAGAAUUAGCCAUUGCCAAGGAGAAGCAAAAGGGUACAUCAAUCUAGGGGAGUUGCAUUAUAGGGUGCAGAAAUGUGAGGAUGCAAUUCUUUGCUAUGAAAAAGCACUCAAACUGGCAAAAUUCAUGGAAGAUGAGGAUGCUUUGGUUGAUCAGAUUGGUCAGAAUAUAGAAAUUGUAAAAGAUGCAAUGAAUGUGAUGGAUGAAUUAAAGAAAGAAGAGCAAAAUCUCAAAAAGCUGAUGAGAAAAAUGUCCAUGGCUGGAGGUGCAGCAAGUCAAAGGAAAUGUCUGCUGGAGCAAAAUGCAGCUCUUGAUCGUCUUAUAGAGAAAUCAAGCACAAUCUUUGCAUGGCCGAAACAUCUUGAAUUUGCCAAAAGGAAGAAGAGAGUAGCAGGUGAACUUUGUGACAAAGAAAAGCUCAGUGAUUCCUUUCUAGCCAUUGGAGAGUCAUAUCAAAGGCUUAGAAACUUCAGCAAAGCACUAAAAUGGUAUACAAAAAGUUGGGAGGCCUACAAAUCAAUUGGCAACUUAGAGGGGCAAGCAUUAGUGAAGAUUAAUGUUGGAAAUGCGUUGGAUUCCAGUGGUAAGUGGGCUGGUGCUUUAGGUGCAUUUGAAGAGGGUUACAGGAUUGCUCAACUGGCAGGUCUUCCUUCUGUUCAGCUAUCUGCAUUGGAGAAUAUGCACUAUAGCCACAUGAUAAGAUUUGAUAGUGUUGAAGAGGCCAGGAGGUUACAAUUGGAAAUUGACAAGUUGAAGCAGUCAAAAUCUAGAGAGAUUGAAGCUCAAAAUAUGGAGCAGGAUUGUUGCUAUGAAACUGAAACCGAAGGAGAUGAUAUAUUACCAAAUGGGUUGGAUAUGGGCUGUUCCCAAGACACAAGUAAAUCUAAUUCUGGAAAAUCAGCAUCUUACACCAAAAUAGAAGACCUACAUGACGAUGUACCUUUGAUUUCACUUUUUCAUAACUCUAGAAGUGCAUCAAAAUUGAAAGCUGCUCAUUUUCCUAUUACUUCCACAAAUUCAACUCAAGCUUUAGCUAGAAGAAUUCCUGUAGCCACAGGUAGUCAGGAAACUGUUGUUGGCCGUAAGCGCAUCCGUAUAGUCCUUUCUGAUGAUGAAGGUGAAAUACAUGAUGAUGUUGGGUAUUCAAGGGAAAGACGUGAAACUCUGGAAGAUGGUGUUCCUACUUCUGAUGAUUUGAAGAGUAGGAGUGCUCAAGCUGGUCCUGCUUGUGAGUUCCAGGAUUUCUCAGCAGUUGCUUCUAAAUAUACCACCGAUACUCGUGCUCCUGUUAAUCUUGAAGAAAGCAUUUGUUCCUACAAAUCAAGCAGCCCUGAAGCAGCUGUUCCGUGUGCCAGCACUUAUAAAUCUUCAAGCAGUUGUGAAGCUCUUAAAAAUUCCAUUUCUUAUCCAAAUGGAUGGAAGGAUCAUGCUGCUGAUGAUAAUCAGUAUGUGGCAUUCAAACUUGAUGGAGACUUUGUUCAUGUAGAACUGGGCUCAUGCAUGGUUGGGGAUAAGUUGAGCAUAGAGCAUGUGAAGGUUGAAGUUGCAUGCUUAUACUAUCUACAACUUCCAACAGAGAAAAGAUCGAGGGGCCUGCUGCCCAUCAUUGGGCAGAUGAAACUUGGCGGAAGAACUCUUGAACCCUCCAUGGGAAUUGAUAACAUCAAGGAUCACUUGGAAGGAAAAGACUGGAUUGAAGUUUCUAUUGAUGGUUGGGUGCAGAAGCGUCUGAUGAAACUUUACAUAGACUGUUGCAAGGAGCUUUCUGAACUCCCUAAUCUGAAAUUGCUUAAGAAGUUGUAUAAUUUAGAGGUUUCAGAGGAUGAAGUUAUUGUAUCUGAUUGUGACUUACAAGAUGUGUCAAUAAUGCCAUUAUUGAAUGCCUUGCAAGCUCACAAGACAAUUGCUGUUUUAGACUUUUCACAUAAUUUGUUAGGGAAUGGAACCAUGGAGAAACUUCAACAGGUGCUUAAGUCAUCAGGUCAAGAAUUUGGUGGUUUAAUUUUGGAUUUGCACUGCAAUCGCUUUGGUCCAACUGCAUUAUUCCAGAUUUGUGAAUGCCCCGUGCUAUUUGCUCGACUGGAAGUGCUCAAUAUUGCUGGCAACCGUUUGACAGAUGGCUGUGGAGUUUACCUUUCAACUGUCUUAGAAAAUUGCAAAGCCCUUUACAGCUUAAACAUAGAGCGCUGUUCUAUCACAUCUAGAACAAUUCUGAAAGUUGCUGACUCCCUGCAUUCUGGAUCAGUCCUAUCACAGAUUUCUUUAGGAUACAACAGUUCUAUAUCUGGAAGUGCAAUGGUAAAUCUUUUAAAGAAGCUUGCCACUUUGAAAAGAUUUUCAGGACUAAAUCUGAGUGGUUUAAACCUGAGCAAGCAUGCCAUAGAGAGUCUUUGCAAGCUCACUGAGGUCUCAUCUUUGUCAGCAUUGAUACUUGGAGAUACAGGUCUUGGAACUGACGGUGCAAUUCUAUUAACUGAGUCCUUGUCCAAUGGGGUUCAAGAACUGGUAAAGCUUGACCUAUCAUCUUGUGGACUGACAUCUCAGUAUGUUGGCAGACUCAGUGCUGAAUUCUCCCUCAUCAGUGGUAUUCUUGAGCUAAACCUUGGAGGAAACCUAAUUAUGCAAGAGGGUGGAUGUGCAUUAGUGUCACUACUUAGAGAUGCUCGAUGUUGUUUGAAAGUUUUAGUUCUGAACAAGUGUCAUCUUGGGGUUCUUGGCAUUCUUCGGAUCAUUGAGGCACUAUCAGAAAAUUGCACACUAGAAGAGCUCAAUCUUGCAGAAAAUGCCAAUCUGGAUGAGCAUCUCACCUCACAAUGUGACUCAACACUGUCAGAGUGCUUUAAGUCUUCACUGGCCAAACAAAAUCAUCUGGGCUCUUCAUCUAAGAAUUCCUUCCUUAAGGAUGUUGAGGCUGCUCAACGAGGGCCUACUGCAGUCAAGACAGGCUGCAAUCAACUUGAAGUUGCCAACAGCGAAGAUGACGAAGCCAAGGUAGAACCUGCCGUAUCAGGUCCCAGCGAGGAUGGUUGCUUGAGCUCAUCUCAACAGCAUCCCUCUGAUCACGAGUGUCAACAGCUGGUUCAAGAGCUCUCAAAAAGCAUUGGUAUGGCGAGACACUUAAAAUUACUGGAUCUUAGUAAUAAUGGGUUCUCAAUGAAAAUUGCAGAAGCAUUAUACACUGCGUGGUCAUCAAAUUCAAGAGCUGAUUUGUCUCAGAAGCACAUCCAGGGAAACACAAUCCACUUAUCAGUGGAGGGACACAAGUGUUGUGGUGUAAGACCCUGCUGCAGAAGAGAUUAGUUUGACAACUGAAAAUUUGUUGCUAUUAUUUCCAAUUUGUCUUCAUGAAAAGCUUCAUAGCAGUUUAAUUCAUUACUACAGAGCAAUAUCAAUUGUCUCAGAAACAAAUAUCAAGGGAUUAUGUAUAGAGGUGCAGGUAGAGUUUACUCUGAUAUUUGUCUAUAUGCUUUCAAAGCGUCAACUGUAAUUUGUUAGUUUUCCCCAUGUGAUCAACAUUAUAACUGAGAUGAAAUUUGUAUAUAAUUAGACUGAUCCAGUUGUGAUUGAAAAUCUCUGCAACAAGUGAUGUCUGGUAGAUAAUGUUUGUGAAAACUGGAUGAAGGGGAAUCAUGCAUUUGCAGCAGUUCUUUCUUCUAUUCUUUUCUCAAUCUUUUUAGUGCUAUUGUA